AGGCGCUCCAUGGGACCCCGUGCUGGUGUUUUCCAUGCAUAAAUUAUGGCGUCACAUGUAGCGUCUAAUGCGAGUUCAGGAUUUGUUACGUUUUCUGUAUUCAUGGAAGUUUUAAUUAAGAUUAAAUGAUUUUAAUAUAUAUUUCAGUAAUGGAGUAUCUGUUAGAGUUUCAAGGCGUCUACAAGCCAAGAAAGACUCUAAAUUUACAAGCAUCAAAGCCUGAGUCUCUAACACGUGUUGCUGUUUUAGAGCAGAGAAAAAAGGAAAGGUUGAGAAAAGCUGCAUACAGGGCCUAGUUAAGCCCACAUGAAAAAGCUUGGAUAAACAGAAAACGCAAAGAAAGAAAACAGCAAGCUAAUAGUCCACUUAAUGUCAUCUCAGCAGAGGUUGGUGAAUCACUAGGUACUGGAUUCCAGACUCCAGUGGCAAAAAGAAUGGCUGUUUCAAGGGCUUUGAUGAAAUUGCCUAGGUCACCCAAGAAAUAUGCUGCAGUUUUUGAUGGUCUCACACAAAUAUGCUCCCCAAGAAAAAGUAAAGCUGUCCAUGACAUACGCUUUCUGCGCCUACCUGAGAGAAGAAAGCUCAUCCUUCUAAACAACAUUAAAGAAAGUAUCAAAACCUAACUACACUCCACCAGCAAAAAAAAAAGUCAGAUGUCUAGUGCUCAUAGACAAGUACUCUGCAGUAUCCUUAGUAAGUACAACAAACUCAGAGGUUGUGCUACUCAUUUCUAACAUUUGGUCAAGAAGUUUUAUGUCCAAGUGCAAAUCAGAACAAAUUGCAAGAAAAAAAAUGACGUGAUUGCAUUGCACAAAAUGCCUUGGAAACAAUAUUCAUUUUUUACAGUAGAGGGGAUGUCUCAAGAACUGAUCCCUCUCAAUCAUCUGUUAGUGCUCAAACAGGAAAACGUUUCAUGCAAAAGCUACUUAACAUAAGAUGCAGUCUUGCUUAUGUGAGUUGUGUUUGAAGAUUUUUCUUUAUAUAGAGGGCAUUAAUAAAUUUCUGAUCAAAAAAGGACACAGAGAGCUGACAUUAAUAAAUCCAGCUUCAUCACUUGACUUAACUCUAUGCCCAAGAACUAAUGCCAAUUGUUUUCAUAAGCUGCAGUGCAUUGAAAGAUCAUGUAGCAACUGUGGUGUGGAUUUAAUUAACAAGUAUUGAGCCUUUAAAAAAUUGCACAGAUGAAUUAGCAGAGUGGAGUAUAGUAUGUGGUCAAAGAUGACGGAUGAGUAUGUUCAGAGUGAUGGUACACUGCAAAAGGUAUCAAAGUGGCGACCAGUAAAUAAAGAAGGAUCUUUUAAUGACCUAGUGAGAGGUAUUACACCUAACACUAUUGCUUACAGAAAUAGAAGCUGUUUCUGCUAUCCAUGCAGAAAUUCAUAUGGCAGUCAGUGCCUGCAUGAUGAAAUAUGUGGCUCUUGGAAGGUGUUCAAACUUCAGAAACAAAAUGUAGUGCAAUCUCAGUCAAAUCUUGAAGACUCUUUGGAUGUCAGUCCCAUAUGCUCAAAUUCAAAGGCCCAAACAAUUUCCUUCACUCAUCAAAAGUACAUUGUAAAUAGCUGUGUGAUUGUCAAGUAUGGGGAAAUAUUCUAUCCAGGAGUUGUGAUAGAAGUCCUGGAUGAUCAGCGCAGAAACAAUUUUUUAAAAAGGCACAGAAAUAAAAGAAAUAUAUUUGUAUAUCCAGAAGUGCAGGACAUACAGUUAGUGUAUGCAGACAUGAUUGUUACUGAAGUGAUGUUGAUACCAAUGGCAAUAGUUUGAGAGUGGAAUGUUUUGAUUUCUGAAUUUGUCAAAUAAAAUUUGUGUACAGUU